UGACCGCGUAGUCCGGGUCGGCCCGCGCCCGGGGGAGCCCUGCCGGGGCGCCAUGGCCUCGGAGUCGGUGAAGGUGGUGGUGCGCUGCCGCCCCAUGAACCAGCGGGAGCGGGAGCUGAACUGCCAGCCCGUGGUGACGGUGGACUCGGCGCGCGGCCAGUGCUUCAUCCAGAACCCCAGCGCCACCGACGAGCCGCCCAAGCAGUUCACCUUCGACGGCGCCUACUUCAUGGACCACUUCACGGAGCAGAUCUACAACGAGAUCGCCUACCCGCUGGUGGAGGGUGUCACCGAGGGCUACAACGGCACCAUCUUUGCCUAUGGCCAGACGGGCAGCGGGAAGUCCUUCACCAUGCAGGGCCUGCCCAACCCACCCACCCAGAGAGGCAUCAUCCCCAGGGCCUUCGAGCACGUUUUUGAGAGUGUGCAGUGUGCGGAGAACACCAAGUUCCUGGUCCGGGCCUCCUACCUGGAGAUCUACAACGAAGAUGUCCGUGACCUCCUGGGCGCUGACACCAAGCAGAAGCUGGAGCUGAAGGAGCACCCGGAGAAGGGAGUGUACGUGAAGGGGCUCUCCAUGCACACGGUGCACAGCGUGGUCCAGUGCGAGCGCAUCAUGGAGAGGGGCUGGAAGAACCGCUCGGUCGGCUACACCCUGAUGAACAAGGACUCCUCCCGCUCCCACUCCAUCUUCACCAUCAGCAUCGAGAUCUACGCUGUGGAUGAGCGUGGCAAGGACCACCUGCGGGCAGGCAAGCUGAACCUGGUGGACCUGGCGGGCAGCGAGCGGCAGUCCAAGACGGGUGCCACCGGGGAUCGGCUCAAGGAGGCCACCAAGAUCAACCUGUCGCUGUCCGCGCUGGGCAACGUCAUCUCGGCCCUGGUGGACGGGCGCUGCAAGCACAUCCCCUACCGCGACUCGAAGCUGACGCGGCUGCUGCAGGACUCCCUGGGCGGCAACACCAAGACGCUGAUGGUGGCCUGCCUGUCGCCUGCCGACAACAACUACGACGAGACGCUCAGCACGCUGCGCUACGCCAACCGAGCCAAGAACAUCAAGAACAAGCCGCACAUCAACGAGGACCCCAAGGACGCCCUGCUGCGCGAGUACCAGGAGGAGAUCAAGAAGCUCAAGGCGAUCCUGGCCCAGCAGAUGAGCCUCAGCAACCUGUCAGCCCUGCUGUCCAACCAGGUGCUCCCAAACCCUGUCCAGACUGAGGAGAAGCCAUCGUCCCCGCCUGCGAUCCAGCAUGACACGGAGGCUGAGAAGCAGCUGAUCCGGGAGGAGUACGAGGAGCGCCUGGCCCAGCUGCGGGCCGACUAUAAGGUGGAGCAGGAGUCCAGGGCCCGGCUGGAGGAGGACAUCACUGCCAUGCGCAACUCGUACGACGUGAAGCUGUCCACGCUGGAGGAGAGCCUGCGCAAGGAGACAGAGGCCGUCCUGAAGGCAGAAGUCCUCUUCAACACUGAAGUCAUGUCCAAGGCCGAGUUUGCCAACGUGUCUGAGUGCACACCUGCUUUCCAGUACGAGAUGCCGGUGAAGCCCGAGACGCACUCCAUCAGCGACCCUCCACCCAGCGAGGGCGUCUCCACGGCUGGGCUCCCUUCCCAGUGUGAGGACCUGCCCAGGGCGGGGACCUCCAAGUCCGAGAGUUCCUUGGGGUCUGAUGAGUCGUCCACACUGGAAGGAACCUCCACGCCCGAGGCCUUCCUUGGGCUCCAGGAGCCCCCCACCCUGGAGCUCCCCUCUGUGCCCCAGGUGGAGGCGAAGAGCAAGGACUUCCUGGAUGAGCUCAGCCAGGCGGCCCUGCUGGGGGAGGAGCCCUCCCUCCAGGAAGAGGAGCCACAGCUGGUGCCCCUGGAGCUGCUCCCCGGCCUGCAUGACCCCUUUGCCGACAUGGAAGCCAAGCUGGCCAGGCUUUCGUCCACCAUGGCCCUGGCAGACGCAUCCCAGACGGACAUACCCAAGGUCCCCAUGCAGCACCCCUCCCUGACAGAUGUCCCUGAGCUCAGUGACUUCGGGGCUGAAGCUGAGGCAGAGGGCGGCCUCCUGCCCGAGACAAAAGCACAGCAGGCCCCAGGGAACGAGAGGAAGGCUUUAAAUCUACUCACAUUUUUGGAGAGAGGAAGCUACCUGCCAACCUCUGGACCUGAGCACUGGGAGGCUGACCUGGGCCAGGAAGGGGACAAAGACGAGGUGUUGGCAGCAGAGCCUGGCGGGGGGCCUGAGGCCGAGGUCCAGCCCCAGCUGGCCAUGACGAGUUCGAGAAGGGACAGUGUGGGCGUAGAGGUGGCAGUGCUGACCGACGACCUGAUGCCCAUGGUGGACCAGCAGCAGGUGAUCGCCCGCCUGCAGCUGCUGGAGCAACAGGUGGUCGGCGGGGAGCAGGCCAAGAACAAGGACCUGAAGGAGAAGCACAAGCGACGGAAACGCUACGCGGACGAGCGCAGGAAGCAGCUGGUGGCCGCCCUGCAGAAUUCGGACGAGGACAGCGGGGAGUGGGUGCUGCUCAACGUCUACGACUCCAUCCAGGAGGAAGUGAGGGCCAAGAGCAAGCUGCUGGAGAAGAUGCAGAGGAAGCUUCGGGCGGCAGAGGUGGAGAUCAAAGACCUGCAGUCGGAGUUUGAGCUCGAGAAGAUCGAUUACCUGGCCACCAUCCGCCGGCAGGAACGCGACUUCCUGCUCUCCCAGCAGCUGCUGGAGCAGGUGCAGCCGCUGAUUCGCCGGGACUGUAACUACAGCAACCUGGACCGGGUCCGGCGCGAGGCCUGCUGGGAUGAGGACAACGGCUUCUGGAAGAUCCCGGAGCCCGUGGUCAUCAAAACCAGCCUCCCAGUAGCAGUUCCAACAGGGCUGCAGAACAGACCAGCCCGCAAAACCUCCUCGGCAGACAGCGGCGAGCAGGGCAUGGAAGAAGACCGCUACAGGCUAAUGCUCUGUCGGAGCGACAGUGAGAAUAUUGCCAGUAACUACUUCCGGCCAAAGCGGGCCAGCCAGAUCCUCAGCACAGACCCCAGGAAGAGCCUCGCCUAUCACAGCUCGCCGCCAGGCCUCAGCUCCCCCCUCGGCAACAGCUCCGCCAUGCCACCCUCCCAGGCCCCUGAGAUGCCCCAGCCCCGGCCCUUCCGCCUCGAGUCCCUCGACAUCCCCUUCACCAAGGCCAAGCGUAAGAAGAGCAGAAGCAGCUUUGGCAGCGAGCCUCUGUGAACACAGCUGCCUGCU